AUGGUUAUCAAUGAUAAUCUAGAAAGCGCCCUAAAAGAAUUAAAAGACAAACAUAUUCAAGAAUUACAAGUCAUAGAGAAAAGAAUAAAAGAAUUAGAGAAAAGUAACGAAGAAUUAUUUAGGUUGUUUUCACAAUUCAAAUCUAUGGAUGAAAUGGUUAGAGAACGAGAAGAGGAAACCAAAGCCAAACAAGUAACUAUUAACGGUUUGAAAGAAAAGGUUAGACAACGAGAAGAGGAAACCAAAGCCAAACAACAAAUUAUUAAUGAUUUGGAAGAAAGGAUUAAUGUUAUUCAAAAAUGA